AUGAGCGAGAAAAGACGAUCCGCCGGUGUAUGUCGACGAAAUGAUGUGAGGUUUCAUCUCUUAUUUUAUGUUGCUUUGCGCUUUGUUAGUGGAAGUGUUCUUCAAGGAUCAGAUACGGCGAAGAUCAUAAGAUUCUUCGAGAGCCACGACCAUAUUCACGUACCAUCGUCUUCAUUACUGCCUCCUGAUGAAGAUGGAUCACUGUUAUUCACCAAUGCAGGCAUGAAUCAGGAAGAUGCGUGCAGACUAGCGUGGUACUUCCUCACAAAUGUCUUAAAUAUUGAUCCGGCUCGGUUAUAUGUCUCAUACUUUGGCGGCUCAAAAGAGUGGAAUCUCGCUGCUGACGAGAACUGCAAGAAAAUUUGGCUAAAAAUAGGGCUACCUGAAUCUCAUAUUUUGCCGUUUGAAAAAGAUAAUUUUUGGGAAAUGGGUGUCACUGGUCCGUGUGGGCCAUCCAGCGAGAUUUUCUACGAUCGCGUAGUGGGACGAAGUGACGUCGGUCACUUAGUUAAUGUUGAUGAUUCGAUUGUGGAGCUGUGGAAUAUUGUUUUCAUUUCUAUGAACAGAACCUCCAGCGGGCGUCUCGAACCUCUUCCAAGUAAUCAUAUCGACACGGGUAUGGGAUUGGAACGCUUGGCCUCAGUGAUGCAAAACGUGCCUUCGAAUUUUGAUAUUGAUGUGUUUUCACCUAUCAUGAAGCGUAUAUCUGAGACAAGGGGAAACACCAUAUUUGAACAAAUGCGUUUGAACAUGCCUGCGAACGAGAGCAUUUUUUCAGGAGAAAACGCUUGGAUUCUGCAUGAUACUCAUGGCAUUCCCAUUGAAAUCACCGAAGAUCUCAGUAAAAAACACGGCCUAGUCGUUGAUGAUAAGAGAUUUCUAGCACUCAAGGAAGAGGCAAAGAUGCUCUCUAAAAGCAAAAGUAACUUCUCCACCCGUCUUUCUGUCGACACGACAGGGCUGGAAAAGUAUUCCGAUGACGCAAAAUAUGAGUACUCACUUGAGGCAGACGGUUCCUACGCGUUCCCUCAAAUUACUACGAAGAUAGUGGCUGCUUUUGAUAAGGAUCAGCGAGUACCUUCAUUCUCAUCAUCGGGAUCGAUUGUGCUGGAAAGUUGCCAAUUCUAUGCGGAAGAAGGUGGUCAAAAGAGUGAUAAAGGCGUGCUGGAAGUGGAUGAGGAACCAGUGUUCGAAGUUACGUCUGUCGAAAAAGUGAAUGGCGUCGUUGUUCUGAAUGGUAACGUAAUUGGACAAGCCACGAUCUCGGAAGGUUUAGUGGUCAAGCAGAAAAUCAACGUUGAACGCCGGCUUGCUUUAAUGCGCGCCCACUCGGCAACACAUCUUCUGAACUGGGCAUUACGACGUGUUGGAGCAGGAAGAGGGCAGCGAGGAUCAGCCAUUGAUGAAGAUUUCCUGAGAUUUGACUACGCAACUGAUGACUGUGCUGGUGAAGAUGAUACUGUCGAAAAUGUUGAAUCGCUCAUAAAAAGUGUGAUAUCGGAAGCUAGAAGCGUCAUGGUAGAAAAGAUGCCAUUUGCAGAUGCUGGAAAGAUUCCCAAUUUGCAGUCCGAGUUCAAAGAG